GGAAGGCAACAUUUAUGCUGGCACGUACACGCAGCAGAGAGUUUGUGGAGGAAGCACACGGUCAAUCAAUCGAUACUCCUGGAUUCAGCAGCCAGUGCAGUAGCUACAGCUUAAGGAGGAGGCUUACCUGGCGGAGUGAAGAGCUGACAAAGAGGAGCUCGAAGGGCAAAAUCAGGAAGGCCUUAAGAAUAUUUGCUGGAAAGUAAACGGAGGCAAGGGAAGCAAGGACAAUAAAGAAAAGACAAUAAAGGGGGAAAAGGACCAGGAGGAGAGGAAGGACAAAUAAAGGAACUUUCGAUCCAAAGAGGGGACGCCUGUCUUGCCGCACAAUGGUGUCUUUUGGACUUGAAUUGACCGGGGUCACUCUGUCAGUGCUCGGCUGGGUGCUGAGUAUUAUCAGCUGUGCCUUGCCGAUGUGGCGGGUCUCCGCAUUCAUUGGCGCCAACAUUGUCACAGCUCAGGUGUACUGGGAAGGCCUGUGGAUGAGCUGCGUGUUCCAGAGCACGGGCCAGAUGCAGUGUAAGGUCUACGACUCCAUGCUGGCUUUACCUCCGGACCUGCAGGCCGCCAGGGCACUCACCAUUGUGUCUAUCAUUGUGGGGGUUGUGGCUCUCCUCAUCUCUAUGGUGGGAGCAAAGUGCACCAACUGCAUCGAUGAUGACGGGGUUAAAGCCAGGGUGAUGGCUUCCUCAGGCGGGGCAUUCAUCACCGCAGCUCUGGCCCAGCUGGUGCCUGUUUCCUGGUCAGCACACACCAUCGUCAUUGAGUUUUACAGUCCACUCAUCCCCUCUGGUCAGAAGAUGGAGAUCGGGGCAGCGCUGUAUCUGGGCUGGGCUGCCGCGGCCUUCCUGCUCAUUGGGGGGUGCAUCCUCUGUUGCAGUUGUCCGCCACAGGAAGAGAAACCAACGAGGUACAGCGUGCAGCCCCAGAGUCGUAUAGCAUACUCCGCUGCACCGAGGUCAAUCGCUCAAAGCUCCUACAACAGGAGGGACUAUGUUUGAGGGAAGAGCAGAAGGAUCAGAAAGGAUACUUUAUAUUCACAUGUAUCCUGCUUAUUUGUACAAUUUCAGGAAAAGUGUACAGAAAGGUAGCUAGAUCCUAAUAAAUUGGUUUAACUGGAACCAAUUGUACACUUCCCAAACCAGGUGUUUUUCUGGAUAUUUAGGACCAUAAAUGUAUGUAAAUAUGCAGGCAGGUUUUUUGAUAUCAUAGAUCUGGAAGCUCUAUACAGAUUUUUGAUGGUCCUGUUUACAAUUUUGUCUAAAGUGAGCGAAGGGUAACAUUAAAUUUAAGAAGAGACCAAAUAUUGUAAGAGAAAUUCAGAAAUUUGAUCGAUGCGAUUAGUUCAGUAAUGAGACUUUAUCCCAUAUGUAUUUAUUAUUAGUUAUAACAUUUACAUUGUCAAUGUAUUUGUGCUGAUCAUUGUGUACAUAACAGGUAUCAUACUGUCAAUUAAUGUAAAGCAAAUAGGGACACUGUUUCAACUGAACUGAGUUUUAAAUGGCUUCUUUUCUGGGGCAAUAAUAAUUUUCUUGCUAUUAUUAUAAAAUACAGACACAGACAGAGUCACAGAUGUGAAACAUUGUGUGGCCGAGCAAAAUGGGCUCCAAAGCAAGGUCAACAUGGCGGAGUGGAAUAUUAAAAAGAGUGAGAGAAAGAUGUAUAGUUUAUAUAGUAUAUAUAGAGUUAUAUAUGAGUGAUUUUAGUUGUUUCAUCUCUAUCACUGCACAUUAUGUGGCUUUGUUUUGACAUUUUCUACAAAGGUUUACGCUUUUAUAUAACAUGUCUUUUGUUGUAUUAACAUUUGCCAAUAAUGAGAGAAUAAAAUGUAUUAGGAUGAUUUUAUGAAUGCAACUGUUUUGUUUUUAGAUCUACUAACAUGAUUUCAAUAACAAAUAAUAGGUAAUAAAGAUUUUC